UUGGAUAUGUUGAGCCCACAACUUGCUUUGCCUGUUGUCUACAAACACCUCAAGCAAGGUGGAGUCUGUGCAGUAUAUUUAGCAAAUAUUACCCAGGUUGUUGAUCUAUUGGAAGGAAUACGCAGCUGCCAGUUAUUCCUCUCUUGUGAGAAGAUCUUGGAGGUCAUUCACAGGAACUGGCUUGUUGCACCAGCUCUACGGAAGGAUGGCAGCACAGCACCCCGAGUGAAACCGCAAAACAAUGUGUACAACAAGUCUGAAGAUGAACAAAGAAAAGAUGGAACCAUGCUCCUGGAGGAUAAUGGUGAAGAGGAAGACAGUAAGCCUUUUUGCACAAUACCUUAUAUUGCCAGACCUCAUCAUGAACAAGUUUCUCACACAGCUGAUUGUCAUACUUUGGAUGAAAUGUAACUGUGCUGCACCACUCCUGACAACAUACUCAGAAGUGGACAAGAGUUCCACUCUUUCGCUUUCUGCCUACUCCCAUAUGAGUCCAAUUCAAAGUUAAAAUGCCAGAGGAGUACAUGGGACACAGGUGUGAUGAUCAUGCAGUGUACAGAUUUUACCUGACAAAUAUGAGUAAACUAUAAAACCUUUCAAUUCAUCAAAUUUACUGCCCAACUCCAUUUCCAUUAAUGUAAGAAUUAUUGGGAGCACAAUGGUGGCGUGCAUGAUUUUCAAAACUUAAAUCUCUAUCAUAAAUAUUUUGCAUUACAUUGGUUUCACUUUAUUCAUGGGUGCAGCACUGUUAUUUGUUGAGACUAGCGUACUGGUACACAUGGUGGUUGGCGUGUAUUGAUCGUUAACAGGGGAGGUAAGGGACAGAAUUAGGUGUUGGUAGGAAUAUUACUGGGAAAAGAAGUGGAGAGAGUUCGAAUCUUAUCCACUAGAGUUCAAUAUUUCCACAAAAAUAUGCUAUCAGAAGUUGUUUCAAUUGUUAACAACAGAUUCUUAUAAUUGUUCUGUGCGUUGUUUUU